AUGGUCAAAAUGCUCAUGAAAAUAACUUUAGACACUUUGGGUGAUCCUCUCAGAGACACUGUCCUCAGAGCCCCCAGGGAGAAUAAUCUCACAUUUCUGGCAGAAUUUGUUCUACUUGGAUUUUCUGACCUUCCCAACCUCCAUGGAUUUCUCUUUGGGGUUUUUUUAGUCAUUUACCUGUGUAUACUGAUGGGAAAUGGUCUGCUCAUUGUCAUAACCAAGGUUGAUCCAUCUCUCCAAACCCCCAUGUACUUUUUUCUUGGGAACUUUUCUUUCUUAGAAAUCUGUUACACAUCAGUCACUAUUCCCAAAAUGCUGGCAGACCUCUGGAGCCAAAAAACAACUAUUUCAUUUGUAGCCUGUGCUGUACAAACUUGCUUCCUUUAUAUUUUGGGAGGGGCAGAGUGCUUGCUUCUGGCUGUGAUGGCUUAUGACCGAUAUGUAGCCAUUUGUAAGCCUCUCUACUAUCCUCUCAUCAUGAAUAAUAAGAUUUGUAUUGAACUGGUUGUGGCUUCCUGGAUGAUUGGGGUCCCAAUUCUGAUAGAAGAAACAUACCUGAUUUUCUCUCUGAACUUCUGUGGACCUAACAAAAUCAAUCAUAUUUUUUGUGAGGCCCCACCUUUAUUGAAACUGGCUUGUGGUGACACGUAUAAGAUAGAGGUCUCUGUCCAUGUUAUUGCUCUGUUAUUUGUCCUAAUUCCCUUUCUGUUGAUAUUCACAUCCUAUUUAAAAAUCAUUACUACCAUUCUGAAACUUCCCUCAACCUCAGGGAGAACCAAAGCCUUCUCUACUUGUUCUUCUCACCUCAUGGUUGUGACAUUAUUCUAUGGGUCUGGGAGUAUUGUGUAUUUACAGCCCAGGUCUUUUCAAUCAGCAGAAUCAGGUAAAGUACUUUCUCUUUUCUAUACUACUGUGACUCCCAUGCUUAACCCUGUGAUAUACAGUCUGAGAAAUAAGGAUGUCCUAGCUGCACUAAGAAAACUACUUCCUAAGUCUAUUGGGUCACUAAACAAUUAACUAAAUGUAUAAUGUUUGGGUUCUACUGCAUAUAUUCCACUGAUCAUAUAGAAAUAGAUUUCUCUUUAUGUCUCCUGUAGCAAUGUCAUUGCAUCCAAAGAGAGCCCCUCCAGAGAU